AUGCCAUCAGGACUACAAUAUAUCGAAAUUCAAGCCGGAAGUGGCGAACAAGCCAAAGCGGGCGAUGUCGUCUCCGUACACUACACCGGCACUUUACAAGACGGUACAAAAUUUGAUAGCUCACUCGACCGCAACGAACCCCUCUCCUUUGUUCUCGGGCAAGGCAUGGUGAUUGCUGGCUGGGAUGAAGGCAUUGCCCUAAUGAAAGGCGGCGGCAAAGCCAAACUCAUCAUCCCCCCACAGCUUGCCUAUGGCGAACAAGGUGCAGGCGGCGUAAUUCCGCCCAACGCCACCCUGAUUUUCGAAGUCGAAUUGGUAGAUAUACAGUCGGGAGCCCCCAAUGAAGUUGCCGAAACUGACUUCACCACCACUGCCAGCGGCUUAAAAUAUGCCGACCUAGAACUAGGCAAUGGCAAAAUAGUGACCGCAAAUAGCAAAGUAGACGUGCAUUACACCGGUUGGUUGCAAGAUGGCACCCGCUUUGAUAGCUCCUACGACCGCGGACAGCCCUUCACACUGGUUGUGGACGCUGGACAGGUCAUCAAGGGCUGGGAUGAAGGCUUACAAGGAAUGAAAGUCGGGGGCGUGCGCCAAUUGAUUAUCCCUGCCGAACUCGGCUACGGCACACGCGGCGCCGGCGGCGUCAUUCCCCCCAAUGCCACGCUAAUUUUUGAAGUAGAAAUUGUGGCAGUACGCUAA